AUGAGUAUAACUCCAUGGAUCUUGUAUUUACCUUCUUCAUAUCAUUCUAUUCGAUCGGCAAAUAAAUAUCAAUUUCAAUCUAUUGCUGGUUUUCAUCAACAUCCAAACUCAUCACAAGAAAUGACAAUCGAGUUGUCAGUUGAUAUUGAUAAAAUAUCUCCUGAAUUAAUAUCACUAUUAGAAAAAAUAUCUCGUUUUCAAGAACAAUGGCAAGAAUCAAUUAUAUUAAAACAAAUGAUAAAAAGAUAUUAUCAAUUUAUGCAAUUAAAAGCAUCUCUUCCAACAAAUGUUCUUUUAAUUCCUACAUUAGAUAUUGAAAUUAUUUGGCAAACACAUUUACUUCGACCUGAAAUGUAUCAAAAUGAUUGUGUUCGUUUAUUUCAUCGUGUUAUUGAUCAUUCAUUAAUUGUUAAUAAUAAUAUUGAACAAUUUUUUAAAGAACGAGCUUUUUUAGAUACAUAUCAAUUAUAUGAACAAAAAUUUGGGGAAAAAUAUUGUGAAUUAUCAUUGAUUGAAGAGAAUAAUAAUAAUAUUCAAUCAUAUUCUUUAUAUGAUGAAUAUGAAUCAUUAAGUCAUACUAAACAGAUUUAUUCUUAUUGGGAUAAAACGUCUUUUGAAUUUUCAUCAAAUUCACCUAAAAAUUAUGAAAAUCCAUUUUCAUUUACUGAAGACGAUAUUAUUCUUGAUGGAAAAUGGUUUUAUAUUUUAUGUAGAAAAUUUAUGGGUGAUGUUAUGAUAAAACUUACAACGCAUGGUCGAUUUUUAUACAUUGCAGCUAAAUAUCGAAAUUCUUUUAUACCACCUAUAUAUGACAUUGAUAUUAUUUGGUAUUCUCAUAUGCAAGAACCAUUAAAAUAUGCAUCUGAUUGUAUUCAUCUUGUUGGUUAUGUUAUUUUCCAUGAUCCAUGGCCAACUCUUGAAGAUGAAAAUAUGAAAAAAUCUUAUUAUCAAAUUUGGAACGAUGAAUUCCAAUGUGACAUUGAAAUAGAUCAUCUUACCCAGUGA